AUGCUGUUACAAAAAAUAAGCCGAGGAGAAAAGCUAUUAAUUAUAGGAAUUACCAAAGAACGAGAAGCAUUGAAUGAAAACGAGAUGACAAAGAAAGCAACACUGAAUAAUUACAAAAGAAAAAUCAAAGAAACAGAAAAGAAAACUAAAGAUGGAAACCAAAAACGAUCUCAUAGUGAUGAAAGAAAAAGAAGCAAAGUUAAGUUAGAAGAAUCUUGGUUUUGCUGUGCUUGCAAGGAAAAUCGUGUGUCGGAUAUGAGACAGUGUGUUAAAUGUCACAUAUGGUACCACGAAGAAUACGUAGUGUUGACCAAAAACGAUAAGGAAUUGAUUUAUUGUCAAAACUCUGAUGAAUAA